AUGACACAGACAGACACAGAGAUGAACCCGAAGACUGACAAAAAGCAUUCAUCCAUUGUUACGACGCAAAUUGUUUUUUUUUUCCCCACCAUUCUUUUUUCUUUUCUUUCUUUUUUUCGGUUUUCUUUCUUUUCGUUCUUUUCAAACCAUUCUUUCUUUCUUUCUUUCUUUUCUUUCCCCACCAUUCUUUCUUUCUUUCUUUCUUUCUUUCUUUCUUUCUUUCUUUCUUUCUUUCUUUCUAAUGAAGCUCUUCCAAUUGUUUCUGUUUCUCAUUAUUUAAAAAGACCUUUCUUUUCUUUCUUUCUUUUUCUUUUCUUCUUUUCUUUCUUUCUUUCUUUUUUUCUUUCUUCCUUUCUUUUCUUUUUUCUUUCUUUUUUUCUUUCUUUCUUUCUUUCUUUCUUUCUUUCUUUCUUUCUUUCUUUCUUUUACGCAUCUGUUUAUCUUAUGUACCGUUAUCUUAGUAACUCAUUGAGCCAACCUCUUUACUUCCGGUCUCCUUCUUCCCGCCAUUGCACACUUGCUAUCGCCUUCUCUACUUACAACCCGUCGACGGAGCAAACUAGAUUUUGUCUAACUGAUCUAUCUAUCUAUCUAUCUAUCUAUCUAUCUAUCUAUCUAUCUAAGUCUGUUCAUAUCUGUCUGUCUAUCUAUCUUUUUCGGUCUGUUCAUAUGUAUCUAUCUAUUAUAUGCCGUUACAACACUAUCUAUAUGUAUCUAACUAUCGCAGUCUGUUUAUAUCUAUCUAUCUAUCUAUCUAUCUAUCUAUCUAUCUAUCUUAUUCUGUUCAUAUUUAUCUAUCGUAUUCUGUUUUUAUCUAUCUAUCUAUCUAUCUAUCUAUCUAUCUAUCUAUCUUAUUCUGUUCAUAUUUAUCUAUCGUAUUCUGUUUUAUCUAUCUAUCUAUCUAUCUAUCUAUCUAUCUAUCUAUCUAUCUAUCUAUCUAUCUAUUGA